UAGAUCAGUGAGCCAUCAGCUCACUCCUCCUCUCUCGUUUUAGGGACAUGUAGUUUUUAGUGUAAAAAACGCCGCCGCGUGGUGGAGGCCUUUGUAAAACUUAAACUACAGUUCCCUUAGACCUAGUCGGAGGUGUUAGUUGUCAAUAUGGCUGUUGUCAGACAGACAAAGCAGAGAGGCAAAUAAUUCGCCUCUGAUUAGAAAUCCUUGGGAAAGGGUCGGACAGGGCACUGUUAUCAAAUUGGCUCAUUGUUCGGCUGCAGUCAAAUACAAAACGGGUCUUUGGUCGAGUUGAAAAGUUAAAUGGUUAAGUGGCCGAUCUGAACCGAGCAGCAGGAUGUCUGAGUUCAGCGAGGAGCCGCGCUUCACUAUCGAGCAGAUAGAUCUGCUGCAGCGGCUGCGUCGCACCGGAAUGACCAAGCAGGAGAUCCUGCAUGCACUUGACACUCUGGACCGGCUGGACCGGGAGCACGGCGACAAGUUUGGCCGCCGCACCUCUUCCUCCUCCUCCUCAUCCUCCUAUGGGGGAGGAGGGGCCAACAGCUGCAGCAACAACUCUGCCUCUAAUACCACCACACCAUUCAACAACAACAACACCACUGCCUCUGCAACUGCCACCUCUUCUGCUUCAUGCAAUGGAAACAACGGUACCAUCAACAGCGGCGAGGGAAGCAACGGUACCGGGGAUCGCUCUGCAGCUGCCGCCUCUUCCACAACCUGCAAAGUCUCCACCUCCACGCAGACGCAGUUCCGCGGCGGCGGGGGUCUCUCGCCGUCUCCUAGCAACAGCUAUGACACCUCCCCUCCUCCUGGGCCUCCGCCACCUUCCGCCAUCCUGCCCUCCCCGGUGUCGCUCGUGGCACUGUCACAGAAUGGCCGUGACAGCCUAGCCGCCACACCCAAUGGGAAACUGUCUCCCCCGCGAUACCCGGUGAACAGCGCGGCAGCGGCGCGGGCCUUCGGGUUCGAAGCCACGGAAGAGGACCUGGACAUUGACGAUAAGGUGGAGGAGCUCAUGAGGAGGGACAGCAGUCUGGUCAAAGAGGAGAUCAAGGCCUUCCUGGGCAACAGGAGGAUCUCUCAGGCAGUGGUGGCACAAGUCACUGGGAUCAGCCAGAGCAGGAUCUCUCAUUGGCUGCUGCAGCACGGCUCCGACCUGAGUGAGCAGAAGAAGAGGGCCUUCUAUCGCUGGUACACGCUGGAGAAAACCACCCCAGGUGCCACACUAAACAUGCGGCCAGCCCCCUUGGCUCUGGAGGAGAUGGAGUGGAGGCAAACCCCACCCCCCAUUAGCACUGCCCCUGGGACCUUCCGGCUGCGUCGGGGAAGCCGCUUCACUUGGAGGAAAGAGUGCCUGGCUGUGAUGGAGAGCUACUUCAACGACAACCAGUACCCUGACGAGGCCAAGCGAGAGGAGAUUGCCAACGCCUGCAAUGCUGUCAUUCAGAAACCAGGGAAGAAAUUGUCUGAUCUGGAGAGGGUUACCUCCCUGAAAGUUUACAACUGGUUCGCCAACCGACGGAAGGAGAUCAAGAGGCGGGCAAACAUUGAAGCCACAAUCCUGGAGAGUCACGGGAUAGAUGUCCAGAGUCCUGGAGGACACUCCAACAGCGAUGACAUCGAUGGGAAUGACUUCACAGAGCAGGCCUGUGACCUGCCCUAUUUUGAUAAGAGACCUCUCAGCCGACCAUUUAACUUCUACCGACUGGAGCCCACCUCGCCAACACAGGAUGACAGCACAGGGCACAACGAGCACCAGGACCCAAUCUCCCUGGCUGUGGAGAUGGCAGCCGUCAACCACACCAUUCUGGCCCUGUCUAGAACAGGAGCGGUCCCCAGCGACAUCAAGACGGAGUCGCUGGAGGACGAAUGAACUGCACAGGAACUGGGGUGGAGGAAGAGCACGGGAAAGAGAAGAUGAUGGAGUUGGUGAAUAAGAGGGGGAGGGAAAGGAGGAGUAGAAAAGGGGGGAAAAAAAGGAGGGUGGGGGCAAAAUGAAACUUAGUAAAUUCUUAUGAAUCUAUCCUGUAUCCAACUGUUCCUUUUCUUUUAGCUACCCCCCCCUCCUCCUCCUGCAAAGCCCAUGUAAAUGAUAAUCAGCUACCGCCCCCCCCCACCGAUUAUACUGACACAGCUGGCGGAAAUGGGUCACUAUACGUCCUCUGAUCUCCUUUCUUAAAAUGUUCCAUGGAAAGAAGAAAAGGGUGCAAAAAAGGCCUUUAUCCCCCACAACAGCAGCUCCUGUGUGAGACUGCUUUUCCUGAAGACUCCCCUCCCCUCCUCCUGCUAUUCUUUCUUCUCCCGGGGAAACCUCCUUCUCCUCCUCUUCCUUAUCCGCUCCUUCCUCCUCCUCCUACUCCUCCUCACCCCCCUUCUCCUGCUUGUCCUUCCCUCUCCAGCCUGGUUGUCUGAGCCAAUCCUCAGUCGAUCUCACCUCAACUUCAACCUCAGAAAAAUAACGUGUACUGUAUAUAUAUAUAUGGUUCUUAUGGUUCUCAGUCACACUCCUCUCAUGGUGUGCUACCUAACCCCCCCCCCCCAACCCCCUAAAAUUCACCCUUUUCAUUGUGCAAUUCAUUGGAAGAGCAGCAAGCGCCUCCAGCCAUCAUCUUGGGAAAGAUGGAUGGAUGGAUGGAGAGAAAUACUCUCCCUCCCCGUGCCACUGAGGCGGUCAGCGGGGAUAAUAUUGGCAGACCUGCCUGUCUCGUCAAUGUCUCCUACCCUCUAUAGCUAUCAUUCCUUCUUUGUUUUUCCACAAUAGUACCUCUGUUGGAUGAAAACCUUGCAUCUUGAAGACGUCUAAGAAAGGCAGCCUUAAUUUCAUGUUGACCACCAUGCGCUUUCCACAGUAUACGGUGGGAUUUAGAGGGGGUCUCGUGACCUGAAAGAUCAUCAGACUUUAGCUAGGGACACACUAUGCGACUUUCGUAACUUUCAUUUGCCUUCAUUUUCGUAGUCCUGAGAGUUUCCCCAGUCUUAAGAAGCUCACAAGAGAAACCGUCGACUGUUGUGGUGCUAGCAGUGUGGCUUUUGCACAGUCGUCAGUCCAAGGGGUGGCCUCUCAUGACAAAAUAGUCAAAAACCAAUGAGAUCCCAAGCAGAAACGGCUGUCAAAGCGAGGUAGGGGUGAAAAGCUGUCUCAGUGUCCUGUUUUAUGAAGUUUACCUCUCUGCUUCCAGCUCCCUUUUCUUUGCAUGUCUGUUCUGCUUUGUUAUAGAAUUGCUCUAUAAUACAAUCAGCUAUAUAAUAUGAUUAAAAUGUUCAGUACUGUUGUUAAAAUGCUAAAUCCAAACAUUCUUUUAACUUAACCAGAAAAAUAGUAGGAUUACUAUUAUCCCUGAACCCUCACCCACUGUUGACAUUUAUAACUCAGAUGUUAAUAAUCAUUAGACUGUAAUAGUUAACCUGUAUUUAAUAGCAAAUAACAAUGAUAGGAACAUCUCAUUUAUGUAACUGUAUACUAUAUUAAUACAAAUCAGUAUGUAUUUAUAAUACAGGAUCAUGAGUAGUGUUCCAUUCAUUUGACACUGGUUAAAUAACAGGAUUCUGUGACCAAGCAGCUAUCUACUCAGAAAUAAGCUCUCCUUAUGUUUUGAUGAUGAACAAGUAGUCAGAGUGUUGGCGAGUCGCCUCGUGUGUCCCGAGCUUUACUCAGCACUUCAAGGACCAUGUAGUUUUGCAGUUUAAGUAAAAAUAAGUAAAAUGCCAAAAUUAGUGAAAAGGUUUACAUCCAACAGCAGCAGUUGUUUUUAACUGUUUGAGUUGCUUUACCCUCUGUUAUUAGAUAGCCUAAACGGCGACUGGAUAUACAGUCAUUUUGCCUUCAUAAUUAGCUUCCCAGUGACACUGUUAUUAAGUACUAAAGGCUAUAAAAAUCUAUUUAGGGUCAAUCACGCAAACUUAAGCUAUCUGAUAAUGGGGAAUUAUGCUUUGUUUUAAAUGUCAUCAAUGCCAAAGGAAAAGAUGCUUGGAGUAAACAUAAGAGGCUUCUAUAAGGCUGAUUCUAGGUCAGUUCCUUUAUGUUUAGUCAAGAGGUAAUGUUUGCAGUCUGAGCUCUUGAGGGAUCUCAGAGCCGUACCGGGGAAAGACGAGGUUUAGUGCUUUUCUCCAGUGUGGCGUUCAUUUAUCCAAAGUGAUUUCUCCCAGCUCCUUUGGCAUAGAUAAGUUUUUAAUCACUUUCAUUGAAGCCUCUUGAGCCAGUGUGGCAUUGUAUGUUGGGCUUGACACUACAGCAGGCCUGUGUCGUUAAGGAUAGGUAUAGCAGCCAGAAAUGAUAUUGAAAAUACCCCUAAGCUAUUUACUACUUGUUCUGUGACGCUGCCUCUUUAUAAUAGCCUAAAGAAUGUGCUUUCAGAAGAUUUUUUUAAUAUCAGUGGUAUCAGAUUAGACAAAAUCCGCACUGGAAAUGGUUUAGAAUAUCAUAAAAACUUAGGAGGCGUUUGUUGUUGUUGUGUUUUUUUUUUUUUUUUUUUUUUUUUUUUUAAUCUAAGUAGCCUCAAAGGUAAAAGCACCUCAUGCAAGGGAAACUGAAUCAAACACACCUCAAGUGUUGAUAUUGGAAAUCAUUUCCAACAUUUAUUUUGCCUUGGGCAGAGCCUUUUCAAAACCAUCUCUGAGCAGUGGAGUUCAACUUUAUCUCUGUGUCUUAAACGUGUGAUGGGUCACUAGCGCUAUCACCGCUGGGUCAAGUAUUAGUGCAUUUUCAGUCCGAGUCCAGGACAAGAGUCACGUCUUCAAACUUGGACCUGGGGUGAGAAAGUUAAACUCCUGGCUUAAAUGAUGGUUUUGGAGAACUAGGGAAAUAUUUCACUGAGCAGGAGAACCAAGUUGGCCUGAUAACUCCAAAUAAGAAUUGUAAUUUUUCAUGUUUUUAAUCGUCAACUUGAAUAUUGGCUCUUAAAAUGUCCUGCAGUCGUACCAAACGUGGAUAACACGCUAAGUUUUUUCAUGCUGAUUUUCAGUUACGCAGUUAACUUGGUAAUCCUGCCUGUUGAAUUAUAUCUCGGCUCUGGGCUGACUAGUCUAGUAAAGCUCUAUUUAAUUCUAUUGCUUCAGUGUGUACGAAGCUCCAAUACAGUGACUCAGUACUGGGAUCUGUGUUUCUAAAAGAAUGAGUUGAAAGAUAAAAACAAAAUAUGUAUUUAUAUUCUUUUUUUAAGUAAUGUACAAAAAGAAUGACAAGGAUAUGUUUUGAGAUGAAUCAUGCUUUUAUUGUUAAAUUAAUCAUGCUUUUUAAAUUUUUUCCUCCCUUAUUUUUCUAUUUUCAUUUACACUUUUUUUGUGUCAUCCCUUAUUUGACUGAACAACAGUCUUCCCGUUUGUGUCCGAGGUAGUAAGCUAUUUUGUGAGAGAUGGACGAUAAUGCACCUUAUUUAAAAAGAAAAAAAGAAAAAAGUAUCGCUGUCGACUAAGCUUGAAAUGUAACCUUUCCCCCAUGCCUUCCUUUAAAUGGUUAAUGUCCAAUCUACUAUAAUGGGGCUGGUGUGAAUAAACAUUUCCGUAUAGCUGCCUCACACACCAUAUCAUAUGAAAUCAUAGCCCCAGUGCGUGCCAUUCUCUUCCCUUUUUAAAAUCAAAUCAAAUCACACCAAACUUCUUAGUGAAACCCAGCAGUCUGAUGUUGCCCUUAUUAUCGCACAUACCUCAUAAGAACAGACGUUGGAGGAUUAGGUCACCACAAAAACGAAAAUUCAGGCAUUAUCUCCAAACUCCACUGAAGUGUGUACCAAAAAAAAAAAAAAACUGCAAAUAAACAGACCCUCAGUGCAGUUGUUUGGCUGUGAAACACUUGGAUAGCCCUUCUUUGUUGUUUUAUUGGUAAACUCAGUAGUUGAAAAGAAGGAUGAGAUGAAACAAUGAAGGCAGGCUGGCUGUAUGUUUUUUGACUGGCGCCAGUGAGCAGUUGAUGACUGAAUUUUCAUUUUUGGGUGACCUGCUCCUUUAACACCUCUGAAUCCUAAGGGCUCACUGGGAAAUUCGGCAUGUAGAAGAUUUCCAAAGUGUCACGUGUUGAAUAAAACUGAACUUUGAGCACUGGUGUACAUUAUUUUAGGAAAACCCGGGUUUAUUCUAGUAUAAUACAGCGGGCAAAUGUUUAAAGGUUGAAGUGUUUUCCUUUGGAGUUUGGUGUGACAAUCUGUCUCAUAUCAUGAAUGGCAUAUGUUGGUGAUAGUGAAAUUAAUGUCAGUGGAAGGAAGUACAUAGGAAAGAGUGCAUUUUGAGAGCAUCCAGGCAUUUUUCAUUCAGAUCAAGACACGUGCGAGUGAACUGCCUUCAAAUCUGAGAGAUGCCGUGGCCCAAUUAGUACCAGAUUUGUUCCAGCAGUAUUUUUUUGUAGGAUUUCAGCCACAGUAUGACAAAAACAUGGAUUUGGGACGAGGGGGAAAAAAAGGCCCUAAAGUACAAGUAGUAAAUAAAAUACUUGAUUUUCCAGAAUGGCAAUGAAAACAGACUAAUCUGCAGGCUGAAUCUAAAGAAAGGUCUCUCCCAUCUGAUGUUGUGCUUACUCCAGUAGUAGUGCUCACCCUGAAGGGGUAUCCUCUUGUGGUGUGUCAGGGUCAACAUGUCUACAUGUCCUUCUGUAUCCCCAGUGAAACAACAUCCACUUCAUCCCAAUAUAGCUCUGAAAAAGAAGACUGAAUGCUGUUGUAUCAAUCUCUAAUCUAGUUAUGUUCAAAAUUACUGUAUUGCCCAUUUCAGAAUUUAGUGCCUUUUUUGGACAGUAGACUGUUCUGUAAUUAAGAUGUAGUAUAUAUACAUUUUUUUGUACAGUUUCUUUGUUCAUUUUUUUAACUUGUGUUUAUUUUAGUAUGAUAUAUAAUGUACAAGAGAAUAAAGCUAUAUCAAUGA